AUGGGUGGAGUAGAAAGUCACUUAUACCAAUUAUCACUUAAGUUAACCCAACGUGGACACAAGGUUAUAAUAAUCACUCAUUCUUACGGAAACCGCACUGGCGUUCGUUAUCUAACCAAUGGCUUAAAGGUAUAUUAUGUACCGCACAUGGUUAUCUAUUCAGAAGCAACAUUACCAACGAUAUAUGGAUUCUUUCCAAUCUUUCGAAAUAUUGUUCUUCGUGAAAGAAUUGAUAUUGUCCACGGCCAUCAAGCAUUUUCAUCCUUAUGUCACGAAGCAAUUUUACAUGCUCGUACGAUGGGAAUGAGAGCUUGUUUUACUGAUCAUAGUUUAUUUGGAUUUGCGGACGCAAGUAGUAUUCUGAUGAAUAAAGUAUUAAAAUUUACACUUAGUGAUAUCGAUCAUGUUAUAUGUGUUAGUCAUACGAGUAAGGAAAAUACGGUUUUAAGGGCAGCUUUGACUCCUCAAAUGGUAUCAGUCAUCCCAAAUGCUGUGAGAACUGUUUCUACAAGUCGACUAGUAUAUAGAAAGGGCAUGGAUUUACUUGUCGCUGUUAUACCUAGAAUAUGUAAAGCAGAUCCUAAAGUACGAUUUAUAAUUGGUGGUGAUGGACCAAAAAGAAUCGAUUUAGAACAAAUGAGAGAGAAAAAUUCGCUUCAUGAUCGUGUUGAAUUUAUUGGUCCAGUUAUGCAUCACGAAGUGCAUAGUGUUUUGACAAAAGGUCACAUUUUUUUGAACACCAGUUUAACUGAAGCAUUCUGUAUUGGUAUGGUUGAAGCAGCUUGUUGUGGGUUACUCGUUGUAAGCACCAAAGUUGGGGGUGUGCCAGAAGUUCUUCCUAGACACAUGAUUAUUUUUUCUAAGCCUGAGGAAGAAGAUCUUGUUGAUGCAGUGUCAAAAGCUAUCAAAAUGAUAAGACAUAAAGAGGCCGUACCAACAAAAUUUCAUGAUGAGAUUAAAGAAAUGUAUAGCUGGAGUAAUGUUGCUGAACGAACCGAAAAGGUUUAUGACAAAAUAUGGGAAUUGAAAAUACCACCUCUGAUGGAAAGGCUGCGAAGAUAUUAUGGAUGUGGUAUAUGGGCUGGAAAAAUAUUUUGUAUAGUAAUGGCUGUUGAUUAUUUGUUUUGGAGAUUUUUAGAAUGGUUGUUUCCUGCAGAUGAUAUUGAUAUUGCGCCAACAUUUCCGUAUCAAAAAUAUAGAAAGGUUGCAGAUAAAGAUAAAGAAAAUUCAUGA